AUGGAGCCAUCCAAGCUGAGAGAACUGAAGCAUUUCAUCGAACAGUGCAAGUCCAAUCCUUCAACUCUCUCCGAUCCUUCACUUUCUUUCUUCCGCGACUACCUUGAAAGUCUCGGCGCUAAUCUUCCCGAAUCUGCUUAUUCCAAAUCGAAUCCCGUGGAGAGCGAUGAUGAUAUUGAUGAUGUUGAGGAAGAGGCAGUGAAGGUGGAGGAAGUAGAGGAAGAUGAAAUUAUUGAGUCUGAUAUUGAGCUCGAGGGUGAAACAGUAGAGCCUGAUGAUGAUCCUCCACAAAAGAUGGGAGAUUCUUCUGUUGAAGUUACUGAAGAGAAUCGUGAGUCUUCGCAGUUGGCUAAAGCUUUAGCCAUGGAAGCCAUUUCAGAAGGUAAGUUGGAGGAGGCAAUUGAGAAGUUGACAGAGGCAAUUAUACUCAAUCCUACCUCUGCCAUAAUGUAUGCAAACCGAGCCAGUGUUUACAUCAAAAUGAAGAAACCUAAUGCAGCAAUCCGCGACGCAAAUGCAGCUUUGGAGAUUAAUCCUGAUUCUGCUAAAGGAUACAAGUCACGUGGUAUAGCACGAUCAAUGCUAGGUCAGUGGCAAGAAGCUGCAAAGGAUCUCCAUGUGGCCUCAAAUAUAGAUUAUGAUGAAGAAAUAAGUGCAGUACUUAAGAAGGUUGAACCAAAUGCCCACAAGAUUGAGGAACACCGUCGGAAGUAUGAUAGGUUGCGCAAGGAAAGAGAUGAGAAAAAAGCUGAGCGUGAGAGGCUACGUCGCCGUGCUGAAGCUCAGGCUGCGUAUGAGAAGGCCAAAAAGCAAGAACAAUCAUCUUCUAGUAGAAAUCCUGGAGGCUUUCCCGGUGGCUUUCCUGGUGGGUUUCCCGGGGGCAUGCCUGGUGGAUUUCCCGGGGGCAUGCCAGGAGGGGUGCCUGGAAAUGUUGAUUUUAGCAAAAUCUUGAAUGACCCAGAUCUGAUGACGGCAUUUAGUGAUCCGGAGGUCAUGGCUGCUCUUCAAGAUGUUAUGAAGAACCCUGCUAAUUUGGCCAAGCAUCAAGCUAAUCCUAAGGUGGCCCCUGUUAUUGCAAAAAUGAUGAGCAAAUUUGGAGGUGCCCAGUGA